AUGGCGGUCUCUGGCCAGGCGGAGGCUGCAGCUGAUCGCGGUGUCCUCGCGAAUUUGCUUUGCUUGCCUUUUGAUAUAUGGUGGAGAAGCCGGCAGAAGCGGCGAAACGAAUACGUGUUUUUCCUGACAAAUUACAACUUUCACGAAGACGGCGCGAUUCGCGAGAGACUGUUGGAGGGGCCGCGCCAGGAAGUUGAUGACGAAACCGAUGGCGAGGGUAACCGCGCGGGAGACAGGGAAGCUACCCGCUCUCUCGACACGCACCCCGAUGUCUCCGGAGAGAGGAGACGGGACACACGGCAGUAUCGCUCGGCGCUUUUGCGGCAGCGCGUGCACGCGCCUGUUCAUCACGUCGGCGACAGCCACGUUUCGUUUCUGAGGGGUUCUCGGCCCGCCAACGAAAUCCACACCGCCAAGUACACCAAGGUUACCUUUGUCCCUCUGGUGCUUUUCUACCAGCUCACGCGGUUCUCGAAUUUCUACUUCCUCUGUGUUGCCAUGCUUCAGCUGCUUCCUGCAAUUAGUGACUCCGGCGGAGUCCCGACGUACCUGAUUCCCAUCUCGAUCAUUGUCGGGCUCUCAGUCAUCAAAGAGUUCUUCGAAGACUACAGCCGCCACAAAAGCGACGAGGAGGAGAACGCCAAACAGGUUUUGGUUUUCGAGAGUGGCAAGCUGGUGGAAAAGCAGUGGAGGGAGGUGCGUGUCGGGGACGUCGUGAAGAUCACGGCUGGCCAGCAGUUUCCUGCAGAUCUCGUGCUCCUUAAUUGUGCACAUGACUUUGGGAUUUGUAACGUCGAAACGAAGAACGUGGACGGAGAAAGCAAUGUGAAGAGCCGCUUUUGCUUACCGAAACUCACGCGCAUCUUCGCAGACGACAAAACAGCUGGAACCGCUAAGGUUCGCUUCAUUUGCGAGCCUGCUUGCGACAACCUCACGAGUUUCAACGGCAAGGUGAUUCUUCCCCCCCUCUCCAAUAGAGAACCUGACGAAAACGAUGAGAGACACAGGAACUUGAUCCCCAGUUCGAGACACCGGUCUUCGAGGUCGGGGAGCACAGCUAGAAGCACGACUGGGUUGCAUCAACAACAGGCAGACGCGGCCACCGAGAGGGUCUGUGGAGGGCCAGGCGCAAGUCGCGCCGUGCACGACACGGAUGGGGCUGGUGGGAGACGCAUGCUUCGCGAAGGCCAGCUUCCGCAGAUGGAAUCCAAUUCUCUUGGCAAAGGAGAGGCAUGGAACUCACCUAAACAGAGGCCUGGGUCGUCCUACCGCGCUUCACGCUUUUCUGCACUUGACGCAGCCCCAGACCCAGAGAGCGCUGUCCUCUCAGAGCAGGCGGUGAUUGACCCACAUCUUGAGUCAGAAGGCAGCGAGGAGCGGCCGAAGGAACUGACUGGCGUCGGCAUCGUUGGAACGGGAGAAGCGGACGGCGAAGAGAGAGAAGGCAGCAGGCGUGAAAGUCGGAGACAGGAGGCCCCGGAGAUUCAAGCCGGACGGGGGACUCACAACCCUUCAGCCGAUGACCCACGACCGGCCGUGGAAGCUCCUGACAGACGAGGUCAGGGGACAGAAGAGGAAAUCGCGCUCAGCGUCAACCAGCUGCUCUUAAGAGGCACAUCGAUGGUGGAAACCAAGUGGGCAUACGGAGCCGUCGUUUACGCAGGGAGACAGACGCGCCUGAUGAUGAACAGUCGCGUGGGGGCGGUGCAAAAGUGGUCGCGCCUGGAACUCAACUACAGCUCCCACGUCGUGGUCAUGAUCCUGGUUCAAGUGCUUUCAGUGCUUCUCCUCUCCUUCAUGUCCAUCUACUGGAUCGAGACGCAAGGCUACCGGGCAACGUAUCUCGACCUGCGGUCUUAUGUGUCGACGAUCAAGAACUUUGGUUUAACCUUCGGCGCAACCUUUCUGGUCUUUGCCUCCUUCGUCCCCCUCGACCUCUUCAUGCUCUGGGAAAUCUGCCGCUUUGUUCAGGGUCUCUUCAUCAAUUUCGAUGAGGAAAUGUACAGCGCCGAAGCCGAACGCCAUGCACUGAGUCAGGCAGCUCAGCUGAUCGAAGAAAUGGGGAACGUGACCCACGUGUACAGCGACAAGACCGGAACGCUCACGAAGAACCUCAUGCAGCUCAAGUGUCUAGGCCUCGGAGAUGGCUUCGAGUACGGCAUGGAUCUCUGGUGCGACGACCGCGCGGAGAUGAAUGUCGCCGAUCGAAAAUUCCAAAAGCAAAUGCACCAGCUGAAAGCCGAAGCCCGCCGGCGCGGGGCUGUCUCACGCCGUCUCGCCCAACAAGCCGCGUCGACUUCGGCCUGCCUAGGCAUGCCGUGGCCUGUCUCGGGCGGCCCCGGCGUCGCUCCUGACGACCACCAGGGGCACGCGGGGGCCCGCGGCUUUGGCAAAGGCGUCCCCAGUCCCUGUGUCUCCACAGAUCGGUUUUGCCACUCUGAGUUUGGAGGCACGGCAGGCGACGCCUGGUCCGAGACCGGGGCGACGGCGCAGGAUUCCUCAGACGCUGUUUCAAGGACGCCUUCGCGUUCGCGCUGGCCGCUCAAGGACAGGGGCCCGCGAGGAGCCACCGGCGGUCCACGCAGAGGUGGGACCGAAUCGGACUUGUCCCAGAGGCAGGGUGGAGCGGCAAGCAGCAGCUCGGGGCCUCCGCAAGCUGAGGAAGUGCUUUCUCGAGUUGGUUUUUCGCGUCACCAAGCGAGAGAGAGUGGCCUAGAGAGUCGCUCGUCCCCGCUGUUCCCCGGAGGCGCCCUCCGUCCCACUGUGUGCCAUCCAAUCUUUCUCCGUGAGGCCAACAGCUUUGUCAGUCUCGACCGUGUCGAACUCGCAAGGUCCCUUCUCCAAGCGCCUCCGAAAGUUGUCGACUGUGCCCGCCAUCUGUUCCUCAUCAUGGGCAUUUGCCACACCGUUCUGGUUCGCGAGAAGAGGCGCGACCAGCGGGAGGAGUCGGAGCCCGCCGGACCUCCCUCGCUCCUCGAGCGCGUCGCCUCGCAGCCGCUUCUCGCGGAUCUGGUGCCGCGGAGAAACAGUCUGGAUGGAGAAGGCGGGGACGGGAAGCGCGGGGGAAGCCGGCUGCGCGGCGCAAGCGAACAACGUUAUCGCCGGCGAAAACGACGCAGGGGGAUCGGCUCGGCAGCUGUGGCGGCGCUUUCCAGUUGCGCGGGAGGGGGCGGGCAGGCGCUGCGGAAGGUGAGUCGUCCGCGGCUUCGACGGAGCCAGACGAUCUCGAUCGGAGACAAGAUGGAACACCAGACGCGGGGCGAGGGCGAGGACGGAGUGCCGGGCAGAGACGCCUUCGCUCCGGAUCCCCGGCGCACCGAGUGGGUCGACGAGGCAUCUGGCUUUGCUUUUCGCGAAUUCGACGAGGCGCCGCCGCAGUACGACGCGAGCUCGCCGGACGAGUUGUGUCUCAUCAGUGCAUGCAAUUACUUUGGUCUCGAGUUCGCCGCCCGGCCUUCGCUCAUGGACGUGGAACUCGAACUGACUUCCUCCUUCAUGGUCGAGCUCCUGCUCGGGUGGAAACGCGAGGUUGAGGCCCGGAAAACGGACCGGGAGAGGGGACGCGAGGCGGAGAGUGCAGGGGGGCGGAGCCUCCCCGAAGACGAGAGGAGCGGUCUCGAGUUCACCGAGAUGACUCGCCGGCUCAUCGUGAAGCAACUUGAAAGGGCCCAGCGCCUCGUCGCGGGUCCCAGAUCGACGAAGGCCGGUUCCCCGCCCGCUCCCUCGGUUCCUGACUCUUGUCCUGAGGCCAGCGAGAGUGCGUCUGCAGCUGCGCCGACCGCCCGUGCGGGCGGCGAAGGCACAGAGGACAAGGGAGCUCAGGACGGUCGAGAGACGUGGUCCCGAGCAUUGUCCUCCGCCGUCGCUUCGGUCGAAAAGUCGCAGGCGAAAGAAGCCGGCAGCCAGGCCAGCGACAAGCGCCGUGUCUCACGGUCUGCCGUCCCCUUUCUGUCUUUUGAACUCCUCGAUGUUCUCGAAUUCGAUAAUGACAGAAAACGAAUGAGUGUCAUCACGCGAGGCUUCGAUGGCCGAGUUCUGCUCCUUUGCAAAGGAGCAGACACGCAGAUGAUAGAGGUUGCGGCGCGUGGACAAGAGAAGCACUUGGCGGUCAUCAACGCCCAGCUUCACGGCUUCGCGUCGUCCGGACUCCGAACGCUGGUCUUUGGGUAUCGCUACCUGCCCCCGGAGCUCUACUCAGAAUUCCAUGGGCGGUUCACGCAGGCGCAGCAACUUCUCGGCGAGGAACACGAGAAAGCCGUCGCGGACUGCCUUGCAAUGGUCGAGAGAGAUCUGCUGCUGGUUGGCUGCUCGGGCAUCGAGGAUCGGCUUCAGGAUGACGUUCAGGGGACGAUCAAAGACCUGAAGGCGGCGGGGAUGAAGGUUUGGGUGCUAACAGGAACUCUCGCCUCGACUUUGGGCUUUGCUUCUGUAGGUGACAAGUUGGAAACAGCCAUCAACAUUGGCCACAGUACGAACCUGAUCAGCGAUAAAGCUUAUAACGCAAUCAUUGACGCGGACAGCAAGGAUGCCAUUGCCGAGCAACUCACCAGGCACGAACGGCACUGCCACAUGGCGAAUCUUCUCGACCAGAAAGGAGGAGACGUUCGCGAUAGUCAGUGGUGGGCUGAAAUCGACUGGGGAGACUUGGGUAUGGACCCCGAGGAAGACGAAGAGGUCCGAGAACUUCUUGACAAGCAAAUGUCGAAAACGUAUCGUACUGAGUGUUCGCGAGGAGAAGGGGCAUAUCCCGGUUCCUCCACGGAGAAUGCGUCAAUGGAUUUGCCGCCGCAACCGGAGGCGACAGAUCCGACUCUGUUCCCUGACCUGUCACACAAGGACCAUCGGCAAGGCAAUGCGCCACUCUCGACCCCAGGCAGUGGGUGUGGAUCAGCAACUGAUGCAGGAGACCUCGACGCCGAAGAAGGCCGGGGAAAUGCACGUAAUGAAACGACAGCCCUUCUGCUGAAAGACUCUCCGCCGGGUUCGACACGGGUGACCCGUGUCUCCAAUGCGAAGGACGUUGAGGAUCGCUCGUCUCCGACUGGGCGGGGCACGCUCCGGGCGCCAGGAACCUUCCACGUCGCCACGGUGCGGUCUCGAUCCGAGACGCAGGUUGAGGCGAGAGAUUUGCCCCCUGUGCCAAAAGGAGACUCGGCGGGGACGGCCGGGUUGGGCACACCUGGGAGUGGCCAGGAAGAAGUCAGUUCGCAGGGGGGGGCGGAGCAAGUCGCCGGCGUCGCGUUGCAGUCGUCUCCCAGUGCCCCAGCUGCCGGCGGCGGCGCGAAACACGGAGGGAAGCAGCACGGGAAAAGGCAGUCAGUUGCUUGGCGAGCGGCGAAACGCAUCAGGGGGGGUUUUGCAGGGUUUCUCAAUAGUAAACAGCCAGGCGCGAGUGGCGACUUGUGUUCAGACGAGUCAGGCACGGACUGCAUGACUCAGUCUCGAGGUGUUCGCGGGGUGCCAUGCUUCUCGGGCUUGGGGGGUGAUGUCCGGUUUCGAGAGUUCAGCGAGUUCUGCAUGACUGUGACAGGUUCAGCUUUAGCAGUUAUCAUGCAAGAUCGUUUCCUGAAAGUCAAGUUUUAUUCCUUAGCGCGUCACGCCUCCACGUUGAUAGCCUCACGAGUCACGCCCAAACACAAGGCGUUGCUUCUCAGGCAAAAUUCAGCAUUCAAUCCACGAGGGACUUCUCUAGCUAUCGGCGAUGGAGCGAAUGAUGUAGCUAUGAUCCUGGCAGCCUCCGUUGGAGUGGGCAUUUCAGGGCGCGAAGGCCUGCAAGCUGCCCGGGCGGCAGAUUUUUCCAUCGGCGAAUUCCGGCUUUUGAGAAAGCUGUUGUUUGUCCACGGACGCGAGGCUCUUCGUCGAAACUGUAUUCUGGUGUAUGUCUGCAUUUUCCGAAAUGCGGUUAUGUGCUGGUGCACCCUAGCCAUGAAUUUUCUUUGUGGCUUUAGUGGGCUAGAUGUGUGGAACCCCUGGACGAAACAAGUCGUCUCCCUCGCUUUCACGUGUCUGCCGAUACUCGGUUUCGUCACUCUCGAUCGUCAGGUUCCACAUAAAGUACUUCUAGACAACCCGGUGUUAUAUGAAAUCAUUCCGUCCACUUUAUGGCCCUAUUAUACCAGUCAGAGGGCUGUGCAGGCGCGUCAAUGGCUGCAAUACCUGGUCCUCGAUCCGGCAGCGCGGGCGUGCCGGGCGGUUGGGAUGCUCCUUGUGUGGCCCUUCGCCCGUUGGUGUCACCGGAUAGAUCUCUCUCUUCUUUACGCGUGGUUUCAGCAUCGAAAGAAACCUGAAAAUGACCGGUGUUACGGCACGCACUGUUUGCUUAUCUGGCUCGCGUUUGCCCUUUGGGUAGCUGUCUUCCAGUUGACAUUUACGAUCUACAGUGUGGUCGGUGCUUGGACGCCGUCCGUGAAUCGGUCUCAUGGCUUUACGUCCCUUCAGCUUGACUCUUUCUCUCAUGUCAUGGAGUUAGCCUACAUUAUCAUCGUAAACGGCGUCGUUGCGGUGCUGUCCAACACGUGGACAGUUGUAGAAAUCGUAAUACAUGUAGGAGAGCUAGCAGCAGCACUUCUUUUUUGGGUCGUCAUCACGUACUGGAAAUUGUUUUUGAAUAUCGGCGGAGCAGCGAUGCUCCAUGGAACCUACGUUCUUUGUUCCUUGUGUGCGCCGUACUACUUUGGGCUUACCAUAACAGUCCUGGUUUGUCUCCUGCCGCUUCUGGUGCCCAUGGCAUGGCAGAUGGUCCGCAAACCCGCGCUGGAGCAAGUCCUGGUUGAGCAGCUAAAAUUAGGGGCCUACAAACCCGUGGCAGCCAGGCGAGGACGUCCGGAAGGGGUGGCGUAUGUCGCCGUGGAGAGUCCGCAAAUGCGCCAAGAGACAGGAGCCCGGGGGGGCGAGGACGAUUACAAGGGUUUCGCGUUUACACACGAGCCGGUCUUUGGUGUGCUUCCAGCGCUUCAGGAGGCAUACAAAGCACUCAAAAAGACGGGGGAAGGUGCGAAAGUGCUCCUUCGCAAGACGCAGACAUUCAUAAAAGGUGGAGAGGGGUCCGAUGCGAAGAAAUAA